AGUCAGGUCCAAGGCGCCGUCCUGCUCACACCUCCUGCACCCGCUGCUUGGCCGCACUCCUUCCUCUCUGCCUGCCUUCCUGAGCCGCCGGGCCCGCCGACGCCGCUCCUCCCGCUGUGCUUUUGACGAUCUCCGCAUCCCACGGCAGAACCGCGGACGAACGUGACGAAGAGCCAGAGCGAGAGAACAGGACACGAUGGCACUUGUCAAGCAAGCGAUGAUCGCCGUGACGGCGGCUGUCAUCUUCGCGCUCGUGUAUGGAGAAGGGGUUGACCCCAACUGCCUCGGGUGCCUGUGCGAGGCCUCCACCAAGUGCAACGCCUCCACGGCCUGCCACACGCCCUACCCAGGGGCAUAUUUCUGCGGGCCCUUCCUCAUCUCAUGGGCAUACUGGGCCGACGCAGAUAAGCCAAUCAUUGAGGGCGACAACGCGGAUCAGAAGGGAGCCUUCGAGCGCUGCGUGCAGGACCUGUACUGCGGAGCCGAGACCGUCCGCCGCUACAUGGCUAAAUUCCUCCAGAUCGACUGCAACCUCGACGGGACGGUGGACUGCCGCGACUACGCCCACAUUCACAUGAUGGGCGGGUACGGGUGUAAAGAUCCGUCUGUCAGAACCACCGACUUCUAUAAAACUUUCGAAAAGUGUUGGGAUGUAGUUAGCGCCGCUUCUCCUACAACUGCUACGUAGAUUAAAAAGGCAUUAUAUAAAUAUAUAUAUAGUAAUAUGGUUUUUAAAAAAUCGCAAAAAAUAUUACGCCUGUGCCUCCUUUGACACGUCGUAUCUUGUGAGCUGACUCGUUUUGAAUUCCAUUUUUUUUCUAAAUUACCGAAUGAUUAUUUGAGUAAAAUGUGUUCGUCAAAUGGAGCAUGGGGAGUUCUCUCACCGAUAAGUAAUGGAAUUCUGAACGAGUAAGCUGUCUACUUAUUUAUUUUCUGGUUUAAUGAACUUUCUUGCUUUAUUUCGCUGAAAGUUCUUUACUCACAAGGCUUUAAAAUGGCAUCAUUGUAUUUUUCUCUCUAUUUUUAGUCCAAAAGAAACUCACUGGGUUUAAUACAUUUAUAAAAAAAGGGCCUGUCGGUUUUUAUCAAAACAAAAAGAACAAUAAUGGGGAAACGGACCUAUUCAAAGUAAAUUUUCGUUACCAUUAUCUUAGACAUUUUGGCUAUUUUAAAACGACUGGAUGAUUCCCUUUACUUGCAUCAGACGGAAGCACGAGAUUUAACACUUUUGUAAGAGUUCACGUUUAAGGUUUAUAAUGUAAAGUUACUUGCCUUAAUAAAGUAUUGUGAAAAA